AUGGACCAUAUCUCGACGCCUUCCCAACCAUAUCCGCACACCGAACGAAGGAUCCCGUACCUGGCUCAGUUCAAGCCGCGGCUUCGCUACGACUACCUUGGCUUCCAUGACUUCCCGUCACGCAAAAGGUUCGACGUCGACGAGUGGAUAGACGGACGCUUCCGACGAACGACCACCUAUGACGACGCGUUGGCACUUCUUCAAUCGUGGCUGUUCUUCGGGCUGCUUAUCGAAACUCUCAAGGAGGGGGACAUUGCGGUGCGCGUUGAUGACUUCCUCGAGCCAGCAGCAGCCAAGCACGGCGACAGCAGCUACAUCUCCAACAAAAAGCUUCUCCAAGUUUCAAAGAGGUGGGAGGUAAACAUCGCAGCUUUGACCGAGGAUUCCAGGAAGCAGAAGUGCGAAACGGUCCGGUCCUACCUUCGGUCAGCACGGGAAGUGUACUCCAGAAUCGAAUCUAUGAAGGAGUACGAGGGCGAGCCAGGGGCUCCACAUUGUCAUUUGUUUAGACCGGCUCAAUCCGACCAGUGCCCUUGCUCCAAUGCCCUGGAUGUCUGUGAGCUCUGUUCCGUGGCCGACGACGAGGUCUUACAUGCAUCGCUCAUCAUUGCUGCGGACCUCCUUGACACCUGGUCGAGCUACUUCCUGGAUGAUGCUCCGAGAUUCUCCUGGUCCCCCAGCAGAUAUCUGCGGUGGAGGCUAUUGAAAAGCGGGUGGUGUCGUCGAGAGGUGCACAUGUUGAUUGGUCAGGGUUACGGACCAUCCACGAUUUUCUACCUCGGCUCUACCAACCGUCAAGCCGUUCGCGCAGGCCACGAAACCUGGAUGUGCACCGAGAAUGAAUGUAUCACGGAGCAGUUGGAUAAAAGAAGAUACCGUACGAGGCACGCCGAUUUGUGCCCGCAGGACAAGACCUGUUUUGAGUUGGUGUUCGAAACGCCCUGGAACCGUCGACUGUCCGGACUGGUGAAAGCUGGCCAGACACCUGUAAUCACAGUAACGGAGACGUCAGAGAGGCCGUCAUUGCACGUUUCCAUCCUCUCGGCCCAAGGGACUAUCCAGAACGGCGGCGAUAAGCCGAUUGAGCUAUCGUCUGAGAGGCGUGCAGUUUUCUACGGUGACUGCAGCAUCCCGCAGACAACGAGGAGUCCAGGACGCUACGUUGCCAUAUCACACGUGUGGUCAGAUGGAAUGGGGAAUCCCAAGCGCAACGGAUUGCCGAAAUGUCAGCUAUUGCGCAUUCAGGGGUUGGUGAACGAUCUGUACCCUGACUCAACAGAGCCUAUUCCAUUUUGGAUAGACACCGUGUGUGUACCGCUACAACCGAGUGCGAGGUCGUCCGCGAUCAAAGCCAUGCGCUUCACCUAUAAGCAAGCAGACAAAGUCCUCGUAUUGGACAAUACGCUUUCCUCUCUGGAAAAGGGGACAACUGCAGUCGAAAUGUUUGCAAGAGUCAUGUCCAGCAGCUGGACACGUCGAUUGUGGACCUUUCAGGAAGCUGCGCUAGCAAAAAGCCUGCACUACCAACUCUCCGAUGUGGCCAUGACCUCCCGUGAGAUGUGGCACCACUGCUGUCAAAACUUUCUGCUGGACAAUCCUCAUUGGAGCGAACCAACUUCUACCGUUCCACUAGCCACAACACGCGGCAGCCGCGAUAAGGAUUACCACUACGCUUCCGACGAAGAAAUGCGAACCAGAGCCAGCUGGCUGGAUCCAGUCCUGCAACAGACCUUCUCGGCUGUUCAGGAUCUUGAAGAUUUUGCAGACGCUCGAAGGGCAAACCCUGAGUUUGGACAAGAUACCAUCGAGUAUCGCGACGCCUACGACCUGGAAGUCCUCAGUGGACCUCUCCGCUGGAGGAAGACUACGCGAAUGGAGGACGAGACGAUAUGCCUCUGCGGAAUACUAGACCGGCCGGUUGACGACCUUGUCGGAUUACGCGGUGAGGAACGGAUGAAGAAGUUCCUCGGGUCGUUCAAAGGCGUACCGACGAGCAUUCUGUUUCAACAAACAAGGUCGCGUCUGCAAGCAGAAGGAUGUCGAUGGAUGCCAUCGUCGUUUCUCGGCUCGGAGAACGAGGUGAUUUCCCUAACAGAAGGGUAUUCCAUACCAACACCUGAAGGGUUGAAAGUACAAAGCCCUGGGAUCUUGCUAUCCCCAGACUGGAAACAGGAGGAUGAACAAGGGCGUGGAAAAGUCAAUGUGGAAAUUUUUGGCCAAGAUUUCUACCUGACAAACGAUGGUUCAGACAUGGACGAGUACGGUGUUCCCGACGACUGGUGGGGUACCUUGGUGAGGAAGGAAAUGAAAGAAAUCGGAAUAAUCCUCCGUUACCCAAUCGAGGUUAUUCUUGAUGAAGGUUUACAAGGCUGCCCUGCAGUCAUUGUGACCAUGGAAAAGUCAAAACAGCAAGACGGUGCUUGCCGGAGAUGUAGGUUGGAGUAUGUGACAAUGCUCUACGUAGACGAUCCUGAAACGUCAAUGUGGAUUAAUGACCCAGUACCUUCGAGGUAUCAAGGGGACUUCAUGUGGCUUCUGCGUUAG